AUGAAGGUCAUCAUCAUUGGAGGCGGCUUGGGUGGCCCUGUUCUAGCUCUUGCGCUACAACAAUGCAACAUUUCCUGCAAAAUCUUCGAACUACGCCACGAAUCAGCAUUCGACGGAGGCUUUGUCGCCCUUGCGCCAAAUGCCCUUCGUGCUCUUGAUCGCGUUGGCGUCUACGACCGGAUAUCGAAGCUCGGCUGGAACUAUGAAGAAUUCCAGUUCCUGUCAUCCCGCAAUCUUAGCCACAUCGGCACAGUUCUGAAUGGCAGUCAGCAAACAUACGGCUACAAGGCCCUCCGGAUAUCUCGAGGCGUGGUCCGUCAAACACUUCUCGAAAUUCUGCGAGAGCGGAAGGUCGAGCUUCGGUACAAUUCAAAAUUGGUCGACAUCACUGAGACGGACCACUCCUCGGUUAUCGCUACCUUCGCAGACGGUCAUACAGAGGAAGCGGAUUUCCUGAUUGGCGCCGACGGUAUCCAUUCUCGAGUACGCGGUCAUCUUGCGCCGAUGGCUAUCCCCACGUUCAGCGGACAAAUGGGUGUCGGAGGUUCUCUGCCUAGGUCGAAAUUACCGACAUCCAGUGAGAGCAUGUACAUGCCUUGCUUGGUGUUGGGCAAGCUCAACUCUUUUAUGUUCAUGCCAUGUAGCUAUACCGGAGAUCGAGUUGGGUGCUUUGCCACCGUCGAAAGCCAGGACAAAUCUCGGGAGGAAUGGGCCAAACUGCAGGUUGACAAGACGGCACUCUAUGAGAUCCUGCAGUCGCAUCACGAGGACGAGAAGUGGCCUGACGUCGUUCAUGCUGCUUCCAGAAAUGUCGAUAAAGACACCUUGACAUUAUGGCCAUAUUACAAAGUCCCUGAGCUGAGUUCCUGGAUGAGCAGCAGUGGAAGAAUCAUUGUCGUCGGCGAUGCAGCCCACGCAAUGCCUCCUACGGGUGGUGUAGGCGCAGCCAUGGCCUUCGAAGACGCAUGUUCUCUCGCCGACGUCCUUGGAUCGGUCAGCCGCAAUGAAGCCAACAUCAUUGACCAUCUUACCAAGUGGCAGACUAUCAGACAGCAGCGUGUGAAGCAAGCCCUGGCGUUCACCUCUAAAGGAGGUGAUAUGAGGAAAUCUUCAGUCAGUACUUUCUGGCAACUGUUCAAGGAGUGGACGAUGUGGUUUUAUUUUAGGUGGGUUGGUCCCAAAGCUGGACUAUCCUGGAUUUAUGAGUAUGACACGAAGAAUGCCACGGCUUGA